CUUCCAGGGGACCGCAGCGCGCGAGACCGGGCCAGGCGUCAAAGCAAGUCACCCAUCCGACCCAAACCUCUCUAAGAGCCUGGGGUCACGUGUCCCUCCGGGGAUCCUCGUGAGAUCUCGGGGGUCCCACCGCCCUGCGAGCCGCGCCCGCGCCCCGCCAGACCCGGAACUGCAUCUCUAGAACGUCGGGACCUGGUUCCCUCUUUACUCACAUCCCCGGGGGCGCUUCGAGUGAGGUUCCACGGGAGAAGGUGAGAGGCGCAGGCAGCCACACACAGAGGCGAAGGACUACACUUCCUGCUUUCAUCCAGACCAAGUUCAGAUCAAGUGGGAGUUCUUCAAAGAGAGAGUUUGCAUCGCCUCCCCUGCACAACAUCACCAAGAUGGCUGCUUUGGGACACACAUUCCCCUUCUAUGCCGGCCCCAAGCCAACCUUCCCAAUGGACGCCACUUCGGCCACCAUCAUCAUGAUCUUUCUGACUGCACUGGCCACUUUCAUCGUCAUCCUGCCUGGCAUUCGGGGAAAGACGAGGCUGUUCUGGCUGCUGCGGGUGGUGACCGGCUUAUUCAUCGGGGCUUCGAUCCUGGGGACCCCCAUGCAGCAGCUGAAUGAGACCAUCAAUUACAAUGAGGAGUUCACCUGGCGCCUGGGCGAGAACUAUGCUGAGGAGUAUACAAAGGCUAUGGAGAAGGGGCUGCCAGACCCUGUGCUGUACCUAGCCGAGAAGUUCACUCCAAGAAGCCCAUGUGGCCUGUACCGCCAGUACCACCUGGCGGGGCGCUACACCUCGGCCAUGCUGUGGGUGGCAUUUCUCUGCUGGCUGCUGGCCAAUGUGAUGCUCUCCAUGCCUGUGCUGGUAUAUGGUAGCUACAUGCUAUUGGCCACGGGCAUCUUCCAGCUGUUGGCUCUGCUCUUCUUCUCCAUGGCCACAUCACUCACGCCGCCAUGUCCCCUGCACCUGGGCGCUUCUGUGCUGCAUACUCACCAUGGGCCUGCCUUCUGGAUCACAUUGACCACAGGAUUGCUGUGUGUGCUGCUGGGCCUGGCUAUGGUGGUGGCCCACAGGAUGCAGCCUCACAGGCUGAAGGCUUUCUUCAACCAGAGUGUGGAUGAAGACCCCAUGCUGGAGUGGAGUCCUGGGGAAGGUGGACUCCUGAGCCCCCGCUACCGGUCCGUGGCCGACAGUCCUGAGCCCCAGGACAUUCCCCUAUCAGAGGCUUCCUCCACCAAGGCAUACUGUAAGGAGGCACACCCCGAAGAUCCUGACUGUGCUCUAUAACAUUCCUCCCCGUGGAGGCCACCUGGACUUCCAGUCUGGCUCCAAACCUCAUUGGAGCCCCAUAAAACCAGCGGAACUGCCCUCAGCAUGGCUGGUACCAGACCCCCAGCACCAAUCUACAGACGGAGUAGAAAAAGGAGGCUCUACAUACUGAUGUUAAAAAACAAAACGAAAAAGCCCUAAGGGGCUGAAGAGAUGCUGGGCCUGUCCAUAAACCUUGUUGCCAUGAUAAGGCCAAGCAGGGGCUAUCUCGUCUCUGCACAGCAACCCAGCCUUUCCGUGAUGCCUUGCCUCUUCAAGAUGCUAUUCACUGAAACCUAACUUCACCCCCAUAACACCGGCAGGGUGGGGAUUACGGUUACAUAUGAUUCUCCUAUGCUUUCCUC